AUGCGUUUCCUGUACAGCAUGCUCGCCCACGCGCCCGUGAACGCCGAAGUGUCUGUGACUACUCGCGCAGAUGUCGGCGACAUCGAGGGCAUUCCACAGGGCCCUGCGUUCGCCGAGUUUGUCGCGAAUCGCCACUCCUCGCCUGACAAGCACCAGCAAUGGGGGCGCCAACUUGGUGUAGAGGCCGUCGAGCUGCGCGGCUUGAGCGGGGCUGGGUACGAAGAGUUCGAGGCCGUCCUGCGAUCGCGGGUCGCCAAGAACAUCUUCACUGCGUUCUUCAUCAUGCAGCUUGCCGACCAAGAGGCACAAGUAUACUCAGGAGCGGUACUUGUACAUGUGCCGGACGGGACGUGGUGUCUCGCGUUGGGGGACGCUGCGUCGUCGCGGCCCGCUCCUCCGAUGGCCAAAGGCAUCUUGAGCUCGCUAGCGUCGGGCUGCAGGACCCGCUUUGGCAUCAAGCUCCGGCCAGACCCGACCAUGGAUGGAUCACUCGACGGCGCUCUCGAGUUCACAGCGAGGCUCAGGGCAGGGCCGCCCGAUGAUGCAGAGAUCGAGCGCACAAACGCUCACGUCUUGAAGGUCAUCGAGCAGUCGCCGGCGCUCUACGCAAAUGCAGGCGACGACAACGUCGUCGCUGAAGCAUGCGCGGAGGUCUUCGGUGGUGAGACCCAGAUCGUACUCACCGCGGGGCCAGCAAGGAGGCGUCGUACUUCGAGAUAG